GGCGACGACGCACUGCCGCCGCGGCUCACGCCGGCCAGCCUUAACGGCUACAUCUCGGCGCCGCCGAGACCCACCUACACCCUCCUGCCCGCCAUGCACCAGCCCGGCCCGCCGAUUGGCCAGUUCGGUCGGCUCUCGUCGCCCGGACUCGGACUGGCCAUCCUCUCCGCCACCGGCCAAUCGCCGCCCGCCAACGCCAACGCCAACGCCACCGCCAGCAACAACAUCAACUCGGGCGACUGCUCGACUCCGGCCGCUCUUUCCGUCAAACUGGCACCGCCCCCGCCUCACAAUUCACACGACCCCGGCCUCCUCGUGAGGCCUGGCAACGCCGUCUCCGAGGCGCUGAUGCGACCGAGUCCCAUCCAUCAUUUGCCGCAACAAACUUUCUCGUCCGGCCUCGAGCACUGA